AUGGACGAGGACGCGGAGCUCCUCAUGGGCUACGACCAAGGGCCAAAGCCGCUCGUUGGAUUGGACGGCAACGCAGAAGGCAGCCUGCUCGCCUUCUACCGCUCGCGCUGCGACGCCUUCCAGGCUGAGCGUAAGGAGAUGAUGGAUCGCUUCCGUGAUCUCGAAGCGUCCCGCGAAGCUCGCCAUGCGGUGGAUUGGCAAAACAAGAUGCACAAGCAAGAGAUAUCCGAGCUCAGGGAGGAGCUCACGCGCGUACGGGACGAGGCUCAGGGCGCGCGGGAGAGAAUCGCAACCCUCGAAAGCGACAAAGCAGCGCUUAAGAUCCAAGAAGCCGAAGACCGGAAGCGCAUCCAGCAUCUACUUAGCCUUACGCAACCCAUUGCUGAAGAAGUGACCUUUUACAAGGAUUGUCGCCCGGGCCAUACGACGCGGUACCCCGUGCAGGACGAGUACUCAGUUGACGCCAUCUCGCCCCUGUCGAUGCGGUCCAACGUCAGCCUCACCGCAGAAGCGGCAGGACGUCGCGGAAUCAGGAACAUGUCUUCCAAGUGCUAUCAGCUCACACAGCGCACCAAGCAGACGCAUGCACCCCCGAGCCAACCCAACCCAAGGUAG